UCCUCUGCCAAGGGUAGGCUCUGUGCCCUGUGAUUUAACUCUGGGCUUCCUCAAGACCCGGCCUCUCAGUUCCGAGAUAUGAAGGUAGCAGUGUUGGAUCUGGGGUCCCUCUUUGCCAAAAUCUUCAAAGCAUCUGUGCAACCACCGGUGGUCGCCUCCCCCGUAGCCUCGGCUUCCUCUGGCAGCGCCUCCUCUGCGGCUGCUACGGGUCCGGCGGACUCUAGCGUGGGCAACGCAGGCAGCAGCGCCAGCACCGUCCUCAGUGCUGCUCAGACCGUCACCCUCUUCCCCACCGUGGCUCCCAAAUCCCCAACCGCUCCUAGGGUACCCUCUGUGUCCCUCUCUUCCCCAGCGAUCCUCCAUCCUCUCCUUACCGCCUCCUAUCCCAGGGUUUCCUCCGUGAGAAAAGCAGCAGAAGUCGCGGGAGCCCCAUUCUCCUUGCCCAGUAGCCCCAGGGCAGCCAGACUUCCACCCCUGCCCCUGCCUCAUUCCUUGUCUCAAUCUCAGCCCCUGCUAUCAUCCCAAUCCCAGCCUUCCUCCCAGUUCCACGCUCAACCUCAACUUCAACCUGUCCCACAGCCCCCUGCCCAACCUCAUCUUCAGCUCGUGACCCAUGCCCAGUCCCAGACGCAGCCCCUUCCCCAGCUUCCUUCUCAGCCUCUGCCCCAGCCCCAGCCUCAGUCACAGCCCCAGUUUCAGCCCCUCUCCCAACCACAUCUCCUUUCUCUAUCCCAGUCUCUUCCUCUUUCCCUUCCCCAGCCUCAUCUCCAACUCCUGCCCCUUCCUCAGUCUCAGCUCCAGCCUCUUUCCCAACCCCACUCUGAGGUUCAGCUCCAGGUCCAAUCUCAUCCCCAGCCUCCGCUCCAGCCCCUGUUCCAGACCCAAUCGCAGUUUCUCCCUCAGCUCCAACCCCAGCCGCAGCCUCUCCCCCUUCUCCACUCCCCUGUCCAGCCCCUGGCCCUGAGAGGCAGUGGUGGUGGCGGCAGCUGCAGCAACAACAGUGGGGCUAACUCUCCUGCUCUUCCUCUUUCUGUGGCCCUGUGGCGACCGCCUCCAGGCCCCGGAGGGCUCGGAGCGGUCCUGCAACCCAUUACGGGCACCGGAGGUAGCAACAGCGGCUUAGCAGCGAGCCCGGCUCGCUCUCCGCGCCAGCCUGGUCCUGGAGAACGAGAGCCUGGUGCUCGGAUAGUGCCCGGCCAGGGCCCUAAGACUCUCUUGUUCACCCUCCCAGACAUCGGCGAGGAGUGGGGGACUGAUAUCGAGUCAGAGGAUGAUGGUAGCAGUGAAACAAAAGGACUGGCUGAAGGGCCUGGACAACAACAUCUUACUGUGAAGAGCAGGGACCCUCUUCCUAAGCAUUUCACCAAAAAUGUGCAGGAAGCCAUUCAUAAUUAUAACUGUGAAUCCAUUUCAUCUCUCUUGUCGAGUGGGAACACCACCCCUACAGACUUGAAUAAUUCUUGGUCUGGAAUACAAAGCAUUACUACUGAAAGAAGCACGUCUACUGAACGAAGCUCAGUCUCCUCUUGGACAGAUGAUGAGUUUGAUAAAGCCACAGCGAAAAAAGUUCAGCAGUUAUUUUGGGAGGUGGAUGAAAUGCUCUUUGAAGGGAAGAUCAGUCCUCACUGCCAGAAUCUGCAGGCAGAAUGUAAAGAGUGGACUAGAAGGUCACUUCAUCUCAGGGUUCUAGGAAAACAGCUCAUGUUUCCAACAGAUGAAGGUUUUCAACAUUUUCCAAGCAAUGCUGCUAGUUCUGCCCACAUCAAGUCCUCACUUGACCUCUGUGAAAGCAAUAACAAUCUCAAAGAGCUGUGCAUCUCAGGCUCUAAGCUUGUCCCAGAAGAUUACACAAGAAUUUCUUCUGUUCUUUCUGACAUAGCUGCUUCUUUCCUAGAGGAAGAGAUCUAUGAUAUAGACGGAGAAAUUGAAGAGUAUUUUGCUUUCGACAAAAAAGAAUUUGAUGAUGAAAGUCUGGAACCCAAGAAGGCUGUCAUCAGUCGACCAUGGAAUAAACAUGGCGUCCCUCCUAUUUCCCCGGAGGAUUGUAUCAAAGAUGCAGCAGCUGCUGAAGCAUUUGAUCAUGCUUGGAGAAAUGUGGUGGAAAUGUUGGAAGAGCUAGUGAGAAAAACAUGGGAAACUGCCCCUCAAGGAGGAAGUAAACAGAGGGAAAACUUGAAGACAGCUGGAAAUAAAUUGGCAAAACUGCCAAGUGCCCACAUUCCUCCCAAUCCAUCGAGUGUUCCCCCUUCUAGAGGUUCUGAGACCCACAGCACAUCGUUGGGUUCUCAUAUGGGUCUGUCUCAGAACCAUCGCUUCUCCAGUAGUUUUUACAAUGAUUUAAAUGGUGUGAUGACAAUCCAAGCAAAACCCCUUCAACAGAGACAUACGCAUUUUGCAGACAGGACACCGCAUGAUCAAGGUGACAGACUGCUGGUUGUAGGUUCCAGUGUUCUCUCCUCAACUCGGCAUCGGUUGGGGCAAGUCUCAGAUUACAGUGUUCUCUCCUCAUCUCGGCCACUCCCUAUGUCUGCAAGGAAGACACCUGUCCACAGGAGGCUGCCAUCUCUCUCUUCAGAUCUGCAUCAAUCGAAAACCUCCAAUGUGCACAGUGAUAAAGUUCUCAGGGGCAAUAAGUUGCAUAUUGGCUCAGACUGCUUGUCUUCUCCAUCGGUUCAAGUGCCUCGAAACAGGCUACCACCCAUAAGCUCAGAGGCUGGUGAACAGAACACUGCUCCUCCUGGAUCCCGCCAAGCCUUUCACAGAGGAAGACAUCCUCAAAACCAAGUGUUAAGUGCUGUGCCUGGCAAUAUUGAGACACCACCUCUCCGGGAAAGGACUGUUAUCUCUGAGCAAUUUUCAAGGCCUAAUACCACUCAAACCUUCAGGUCUGAUACUCCUCACAAAAGGUCGUUGACACCAAUGGAAUUUGGAAGCCACAUGUGGACAGGUCAGGGUUUCUUAACAGGUUCACAGCAUCUACCUAAAUCUUAUCAAAGAAAUACCUCAACUUCAAGGAGGAGAUUUCCAGUGGCUUCCUGAUCCAACUUGGCUGCUCAGUCACUGUGCUCAGUGAAAUCUGCCAACUGUCAACUUACUCUUCAUUACUUAAGAAAUAACAGCAAGUAUUAUGCUAUCUUGAUGUGUUCUUUUGUCUCCUGGCCCUGGAGACAGGGCUCUUGGAGAAAACCAAUCAUAAUAAACGCAUCCAUUUUUAACUGGAA